GACCAAACUCACUCAUUCACUCUGUAACUGUGAUCACUCGCGCAUUUCCGUGACUUGUCCGAGGCAUUACGUAAAGACUGAGUAGAAAGCGGAAACAAAAAUGGCGUCUACUGAUAUGGAGAAAGGCUAUCAGCAGGGAGGUCCCCCUUUGUGCUUGGACCCUACAUCCAUCAAUUUGGGACCCCACAGCCAGGCUAUCCAUGACACUAAAGAGCCACCCAAGCCGACCAAUGAGACCCUGUAUGAAAGGGUGAAGGCUGCCAAGACGCAGUCUCAUGGAAUUGUCUUCCUCAAGGAAUUCUUCACCAUCCUGAUAGGUUCAAUGGCGUCCAUGAUUAUAAUAGGGCUUUUUUAUGGCCAUCCCAGUGGGUAUGAUUGUAAUCGGCUCCAUCCAUCUAAAUCACUGCCCUGCCGAGAACCUCAUUCCAGUAUUUCUACUUGUUGGUGGUAGUGUGUGGACAAUACAGUGUACAGUUGCUUUAGUACAGACAUGUUGCUGCCCAAACUCAAAGGAAACGAAAGGAGAAGAGGAAAAGAAGAAACUACACCCGUUUGAGGCCCUCGUCAACACUUUCAUGGCUUGCUGGUUUAUGGCAGGCACUGUGUGGGUGUACAGAACCUACGGCAACUUUGACUCUGACCCUAAGUCAGGGAACUACUGUGAUCACACGCUGUACUCGUUUGCAUUCUGGUGGUCAUGGCCCCCUACAUCAUGUUUGGAAGCUUGUGCUGCUGCUGCUGCUGGUGCAUCACUCUCGGUGGCUGAUCACGGCCAUCUACAUCAUGUUUGGAAGCUUGUGCUGUUGCUGCUGCUGGUGCAUCACUCUCGGUGGCUGAUCACGGCCAUCUACAUCAUGUUUGGAAGCUUGUGCUGUUGCUGCUGCUGGUGCAUCACUCUCGGUGGCUGAUCACGGCCAUCUACAUCAUGUUUGGAAGCUUGUGCUGCUGCUGCUGCUGCUGGUGCAUCAUUCUCGGUGGCUGAUCACGGCCAUCUACAUCAUGUUUGGAAGCUUGUGCUGCUGCUGCUGCUGCUGGUGCAUCACUCUCGGUGGCUGGUCACGGCCAUCUACAUCAUGUUUGGAAGCUUCUGCUGCUGCUGCUGCUGGUGCAUCACUCUCGGUGGCUGAUCAUGGCCAUCUACAUCAUGUUUGGAAGCUUGUGCUGCUGCUGCUGCUGGUGCAUCACUCUCGGUGGCUGGUCACGGCCAUCUACAUCAUGUUUGGAAGCUUGUGCUGCUGCUGCUGGUGCAUCACUCUCGGUGGCUGAUCACGGCCAUCUACAUCAUGUUUGGAAGCUUGUGCUGCUGCUGCUGCUGCUGGUGCAUCACUCUCGGUGGCUGAUCACGGCCCCCUACAUCAUGUUUGGAAGCUUGUGCUGCUGCUGCUGCUGGUGCAUCACUCUCGGUGGCUGGUCACGGCCAUCUACAUCA